AUGAGCGGACAAAAUGCAUGGUCUGAGAAAUAUCGUCCAAAAACACUUGACGACGUUCAAGGACAAGAAGAGGUAAUCAAGUUACUUAAAUCUUCAUUGGAUAGUGGAUUACCAAAUUUAUUAUUUUUUGGACCUCCUGGAAGUGGAAAAACUACUUCAAUACUUGCUGUUGCACACGAAUUAUUUCAGGGAUACUUUAAAGAACGUGUAUUAGAAUUAAACGCUUCUAACCAAAGAGGAAUUGAGAUGGUUAGAACAACCUUAAAAAAUUAUGCCAUGCAAGAUGUUACUCAUUACGAUGGAAUUCCUGAUUACAAAUUAAUUAUUUUAGACGAAUCAGAUGCACUUACUCCAGAUGCACAAACUGCAUUAAGAAGAAUGAUGGAAGAUUUUACAAAGAAUACUCGAUUUUGUUUAAUUUGUAAUUACAUCAGUCGUAUUUUACCACCAAUUUCUUCUAGAUGUAUUAAAUUCAGAUUUAGUGCAUUACCAAAAGAGAUAGUAUCAAAUAGGUUACAAAUGAUUUGUGAAAAAGAAGGAUUUUCUGUUACAAAUGAAGCUAUUCAAGCUGUUUCUAUAUUAAGUGAAGGUGAUUUACGUUAUGGAAUUGGAUUACUUCAAAAACUAUCACAAGGUAUAAAUCAUUCUGUAACACCACAAGAUAUUUCUAAUGUUGCUGGUGUUGUUCCUUCAAAAGAAAUCACUGAAAUAAUUCAUUUAUGUCAAAAUGGAAGUGUUAAUGAUUUAUAUUUAAAAGCAAUGUCAUUAGUUGUUGAACAAAACUAUUCAGCUGAUUCUAUUCUUUCACAACUGAGAGAUGUCUAUAUCGAAGAUUGUGUUAACUUAACUAAUCAAGAACGUUGUUUAUUCUUACAAUUAAUAGCACAGUCCGAUGCUACUUUAAUAGAUAAAACAGACCCUUUGUUUAGUAUUUGCGCAUUAUUAUGUUCAUUAUUUAAGUUUUAUCACAAAUUAACAUUAAAUCCAUAG